UGGAUGGUGUUUUGGGACCCCAUUUUCCCUUCUGCUUUAUGUGUCUUUAUUAGUGUUUCUCAAAUCCCAUAAAAAGAUGGAACACAAGCUUAAAUGCACAGGCAAUUGCUACAGAUCAAACAGACAUUGUCUCCACAUAUAAACCAUUCCACUUCACUUCACUUGGUGAUGAUCAUUUUGGCUCUGUCAAUCGCGUUUUUCGUUUCUUUUCAACUCGACAAGGCUUCUGCUCUCUCGAGUAUGGAUCUUGCUCUCAGAGGCUCUCGGGUUUUGCAGGCGGUGGCCAUGCAGGAUCUGCAUAAUGCACAGAUGAAUGCUGCAGAAGCACCUUCAAGGACACUUGAUCCUAACCAAUCAGACAAGAGAACAGUGAGAAAAGGCUCUGAUCCCAUCCAUAACAGAUGCUGACUUUUUUUGGGCUUAAUUAUAAGGUUCUUGUUAUAGGUUUGAUGAGAAUUUAAUUAUAAGAAUUUGUUUCUUGGUUCGAUGAUGAAGGGAUACUGCUCUUUCUUGAGCUGAAAGUUUUGCACAAGCUAGCAACAACAAACACCUUCUUAUUUAUUGUGUAAAGUUGAUUGAUUAAAUAUACUUUAGCAGCAUUAGCACAUUCAUGCAUUAUGAAACAAAGAUUCACCUGUCUCUAACCUUUCUCUGUUACCUGCAAACCUCAAUCUGCUUCUGUUUCACAAAUCCUAGGAAGGAUUUCAUGUUCUUUCCCAGCUUAGUUCAAUGUAAUUCCAAGCUUGGUACAUGCUAAUGUACUAAGAUUGUCUGUCAUUUUGUCAA